AUGGGAAAUGCUUCAGACACAUCUGCUGUGUUUGCCUCCUCCAUCUCCAAGGAGCACGACAUCCUCAUGGGCACCCUGUACAGCGUGUUUUGUAUACUGUCCCUCAUGGGCAACUGCAUCCUGCUACUUGUUGCAUAUCACAAGCGGUCGACCUUGAAGCCAGCAGAGUUCUUCAUCAUCAAUCUCUCCAUCAGUGACCUUGGGAUGACACUCUCUUUAUUCCCGCUGGCAAUUACGUCAUCCUUUUCACACAGGUGGCUCUUUGGAGAGAUCACCUGUCAGCUCUAUGCUAUGUGUGGAGUGCUGUUUGGCCUUUGCAGCUUGACCAACCUCACAGCUCUGUCCUUAGUGUGCUGCCUUAAAGUCUGCUUCCCUAACCACGGUAACAAGUUCUGCUCAUCACACGCACGCCUCCUGGUGGUUGGAGUGUGGUGCUACGCGUCGGUCUUUGCCGUGGGGCCCUUGGCACAGUGGGGGCAUUACAGUGCUGAACCCUACGGCACAGCCUGCUGCAUUGACUGGCACGCGCCCAACUACGAGCUUACAGCGUUAUCCUACAUUGUCUGCCUGUUCGUCUUUUGCUACGUGCUGCCCUGCACCGUCAUCUUCCUCUCCUACACGUUCAUCCUGCUGACGGUGCGCGGGUCACGUCAAGCCGUCCAGCAGCAUGUGUCACCGCAGACCAAGACCACCAAUGCACACGCUCUCAUUGUCAAGCUGUCGAUAGCUGUGUGUAUCGGCUUCCUGGGUGCCUGGACUCCAUACGCUAUCGUGGCCAUGUGGGCUGCUUUCGGAGACGCCACACAGGUUCCUCCUGAUGCGUUCGCCAUUGCGGCUGUGCUUGCCAAAUCUUCCACCAUCUACAACCCCAUGGUCUACCUGCUGUGUAAGCCCAACUUUCGCGAGUGUCUCUACAGAGACACAUCCAUGUUGCGACAGAGGAUCUACAGGGGAAGUCUUCAUUCAGAUCCGCAAGAGCGCUUGGGCUCCGUUUCACAACGCAACAAGGACAUGAGCAUCUCCACGCGCUUCUCAAAUGGACAACAGGAGAGCUACGGGGCUUGUCUGCACUGCACUGAGAAUGCAGCACCGUGUCAUGUGACCACUCCCCAAAGGACUGCCUGCAUCCUGACUGGAUCCAGCUACAGAGAGGUGACAGUUAGCCAGCUCUUAGACAAACCACAGGCGGAUUUUCUCUAGUGGUACAACCUCCUUCUACUGUGAAGCAAACAAGACGGGACAUGUGCUCAAAAGACAGAGAUUACUGGGCAUGGACAACACAUCAACAUAAGGCCUGCACAAGUUACUGGGACAUUACUGCAUGACAACAACACAGUCUUGUAAGGACCUUUGAUCGCAUCCCUCCGUAAAGUCAUUCACAAAUGACUGCUUCAUUGUGAAAAGAUUCUUAAAAAUCCACACAGUGACGCAUGACGUCUUGAUGCCUGAUUCUGUAUCAGCUUGUGUGCGGUUUUGUUUUAAUGUACAGCGACGUAACUGGAUUCAGAAGGAGCAGGAAAUGAGACAGCUGGGCUCAAGGUUGAAGAGGCAAAUAUGUAACAUUUAAGGGCAGCUCAUUAUAUUUCACAUACAGCAGGAGCAAAAUUUGUAAUGUGAGGACAAACUGUGUUUAAUAUCUGGCCUGUGCAAAAAAAAAACCCACAUCAUAAAAAAUGAAGAUAUGUGGAAUUGUUUUUACGGAUUUUAAGGGAGAUGGAGAAAAUGUUGUCGUUCUUUCAGUGA